AAUGGUACACACAGGCAAUAUUUCAAAACAUUCAAGGGACUCUACUAAGUAUUCGUCACUUGCAUUGAAGAAACGGUAUUCAUCUUCAUUAUCAGCUUCAGUAGACGCUGACCGAUCUGACAUCGACGUGAACCUAUCGACUGCGGUCACCAACACCCUCAGCAUGAUCAGCACGCCUUGGAGUACGGAGAGCUGGUGCUCCUUGAACAGUACUCUGUUGGUGUCUGACUUGUUAGAGGACCCUUCAUGCUUUUACUAUACUAAUACAAUGACAUCCCUGGACCCGCUUACAACAACCUACUCGAGUUGUAUUGCUUCGCGCACAGUCGGGACCUACAGCAGGACUACUCUAACUUUGUACAGUUUCGCAACAACUCCUUGUAUUAGUGACCAGUUAUACUUGCCCUCGGUGCAGAAGAGCUCGAGUUCUUUGGAGACGCUGAGUUCGUGGACGCCGGAGUCGGUCGGUAGCGUGCAACUGGUCGCCAGCGGCUCCAGCGAGAUGAAGGUGCAGUAUCCUUGGAGUCCCGCCACUAAGAACAGUUGUACGGACUACUACCCAAACAGUUUGGACACGUGCAGCCUGGAACUGGAGUUAGGGAAGGACAACAAGGACACCCUGAAGCCAGCGACGUCAGCUAAAGACCUGAUGUCCGUGAGCUUCAGCUCCAAAGUAGAAUGUCAUGAGAUAGAGCGAAGCGUGGCAAAUGAAAAUUACUUCCCAACGCUCUGCACGGUCAUUUGA